CAUAACGGUAUGUUCCUUUGUUGUUUUGUUGAGGGGGAUAUUUGCGUAAAUUUGGUUAUAGAUAAUGCGUUGACUGUUCAAUGCGAGCAGUUCAAUCGAAUUGUUUUUAUAAUUUAAAAAUUCAAUUUCAAUUUGAAGAGAACCAGUCAGUGGCCAUAUCAUUCAUACUCAAGGCACAGAGUUUGUUGAAUGCAUUAUGUGAGAGUUAACGGGGACAACGACGCAAACAAUAACGACGAGAAAAUUAAGCGAGGAAUAUUCAAUAAAACCUAAUAAAAUUAUUUCUCCCAACACCCUGAAAUCGAGUUGAGCCAGCUAACGCCGUUGCUGUUGGUGUCGCACAAAAACAAGCCAAUUUUCAUGUGAAAUGGCUUUAACUAAACGUAUAAAAUGUUUCAAGUAUAUGGUGUAUUGUUACAUUGUCCUUCUAGCGAUCACGGGUUGUGCACAAAUAUUUUUGGGCACAUCCCUGCUGUGGGGACAUUCAGGCCAUUAUGGAGUUGUUCAAAAUAGACUGUGGGCCCCCGCAGCUUUGCUAUUGUGCUUGGGUCCUGGCACAUUCAUUUUGUGCUGGAUUGGUUGUCAGGCCACUAAUCAAAAGAAACGCUGUCUUUUGGGCAUGUUUGCCACAUUCCUGGUGAUUAAUAUUUUAAUACAAUUCUUAUUGUGUGGCUGGUCAUUGGCCAUGCGAGAACACUUGCCAUCAUCUGUGGAGAUAUACAUCGAUGAUUCAUUCGUUGAGUUUUUGGACAAAUUCUCCAGGACCAAGGUUGAUAACCUACAUUUGUGGAAUAGAAUGCAAUCACAGCUACAAUGCUGUGGUGUCGAUGGACCUCUCGAUUAUCGUCGUUUAUCCUUGCCCUGGUCCUGCUGCUCGCGACCUGAAUCUGCCUAUGAAUCAGCCUGCGAUACUCACUACAAGCGUGGCUGUUUGGCCGUUGUCUCCGAACAAAUUAAAUAUACACUAUUAAUAACUGCAUUUGGUGCUGCCAUUAUUGCCAUAUUCCAGAGUUUAGGCCUAUUCUGUGUUGUUCAUUUGGCCAUGCUCUAUGGCAAAAACGAAAAUGGCUAUGAUAAUAAUAAGCUUAGCAAGAAACGCCAGCAACAAUUUAUGCCACUAUCCAUUCAGGAUAAACGCCAGGAUAUCCCAUCACCAUUGAGUUUGUCACCCACAGCACCAGGGCAUCGGGUGCUAAAAACUUCCGCUCCCGGUGGUAAAAAAUGACAGACGAUUAGCUUUUAAGUGUUCAAUUGAAUUAAAAAAAAAAAAACAAAAACAAAAAAAAAACAAAAAGUGAAGAAACAAAAUGUUUUAGAUUACUUAAAGAAUAUAUCUAACAGAUAUACAAAUACAACAAAGAACAACUACUAAAUAACUAAACUAAACUAACACACACUCACACUAUAUUAUAAUUUGAGAUGGAAAAUAAUAAAUGUGGCCCUCAAUUUA